AUGAUUCUACUGUUUAGUAUUGAUUCAUGUAUAUCGCUCUAUGUCCUGCAGUAUUUGGUAAGUACCUUCGUAACGGCGGUAGUAAGCCAAAGUAAACUAGCCCAACCCCCCACCCCCCAGAUGGACAUUAUGGAAGAUGAAUUUCUCCGUCAACGAAAAAUCGGUUCAACAGAUGCUACAAGUCAUGCGAGCAGUGGCGAUGCACCGCUUCUCUUGCAGAAGACGGAUAUUCGAGCAACAUCAGAUGAAAGUGAUGCAGAUGCCCUCAUUGACAGUGAAAGAAUAUCACAGCUAACGAAGGAUUUGCCGCAAGGUUCCGAUCAUUUGGGGGCAUUUAUCGAUCCAGUUCUUUUACCGUUGCCACCAAGAUGGCGGAAUUGGGUUGUGCGCGGUAUUUUUUCAGUCAUUAUGGUUUCUUUGUUCGCUGUAAUCAUCAAAAUGGGAGCUACAUGGCUUAUGGCUUUGGUAUUUGUCAUACAGUUUUGGUGUUUCCAUGAAAUCAUUACUAUCGGUUUGGCAGUUUAUCGUCUCUAUUCAUUACCAUGGUUUCGCGCUCUUUCAUGCGCAAUGGUUUUACUUCUUAUUGCAACAGCCUCUUUCUGGAACCCAUUCAUUCAGGAUCUGUGGAUUCGGUUAUCAACAUACUGGGUGGAAACAUAUGCUUUAUUAUUCGUACUGCAGUUUUUACACUUCUUGGUGGCACAUCAUCGUUUGAUUAGCUUUGCCCUAUAUUGUAUAGGUUUUGUAUGGUUUGUUUUGUCAUUGCGGAAAGGUUACUAUUUGCGGCAAUUCUCACUAUUCGCAUGGUCGCACGUAACGCUGUUACUUAUUGUUUCACAAUCAUUCCUUAUUAUCCAGAAUAUUUUCCAAGGGCUUAUAUGGUUUCUUGUUCCAGUUUCAAUGGUAAUUUGUUGUGAUGUCAUGUCCUACGUGUUUGGUUUCUUUUUUGGAAAGACACCUCUAAUAAAAUUAUCUCCGAAAAAAACAUGGGAAGGAUUCAUUGGCGGUGGUAUUAGCACUGUUGCAUUCGGCUUAAUUCUUUCUUACUGUCUUCUUCAUCAUCCAUUUUUUGUAUGUCCAUUGGAAGAUUAUACAGUGGAAAAUUACAACUGUACUGUUCCGCCAUCAUUUGUUUUAAGAGAAUUCAAUAUUGUAUGGCCUCUUUCCAUCAUCUUACGACUGAUGCAAAAGCCAUCAACAUUUCAAAUAUAUCCUUUUUUGCUUCAUACUAUUGUAAUGGGCCUGUUUGCUUCUAUAUUAGGUCCAUUUGGUGGAUUUUUCGCAAGUGGAUUCAAGCGAGCUUUUAAAAUUAAGGAUUUUGGUGAUGUUAUUCCUGGACAUGGUGGUUUGAUGGAUCGCUUUGACUGUCAACUUCUUAUGGGAACGUUUGUGAAUGUUUACAUUCACACAUUUAUCAGAGUUCCCAAUCCGUCAAAGCUUUUACAACAAAUUUUUUGGCUUCCAGCGGAUGAACAACUUUACAUAUUCCAGUCUUUGCAUGAACAUCUUCUUCAUGAAGGGCUGCUUGAUACCUAA